AAAACACUUAAACAAUGCAGCAAAUUCUAGUCAAGUUGUUUCUAUCUGCUUUUAUAAUUGUUUGUUUGGCAAGCAGCUUACCAAUAAUUAAUCAAGGUGAACCUAAAGAAUACUGCCCGUCCUAUUUACAAGGCGACACGACCAUUCCUUGCUGGAGCUUGGGCAGCAAGUGUUUUUGCUUUUCCAACAAUGACGUAAUAGACAAAGUUUAUAACUGGACGCAGGCAGAUGAAAUAUGUAAAGCAGCAAAUAUGACCCUGCUCAGCAUUGAAACGGAGCAAAAAGAUUUGUUAAUCCACAGCCAACGUGAAACCCACCCAGAGUUGGCAGAAUACCCCUACACUUAUUGGACUUCGGGUAGCUAUUCCCAAACAGGCUAUAAGCGAUGGGAAUGGGCAACAAACGAACCAUUUCAGCCAUUUGAAUACACCAAUUGGAUUACGGGCCAACCUUCUGAUUACAACCCUCCCAAUAACCAGCCCGGACAUUGCGUCCAGCUUAGUUUCUACAGAGACUAUGCCAACGGAUAUUGGUACCCAAUAUCCUGUUCUUCUGCAUCUUAUCAAAGAUUCAUAUGCGAAUCACUGGACUAAGCAGGAAGG